AUGGCUGCCCAAGUCGACCAACUGACCGACAAGCGUGUGAUCAGCUCGAUCGACCUUUUUUCUGCGCCCAGCGCCCCUCUGACGGGCGAAAACAUCGACAUUGACGUGGCUGCCACCAACGGCGAUAUCAGCGCUCCGCUGGAGCCCAGAAACGCGCCCAGCACCUCCAGCACCAGCACGCUCCUCAGGGACGAGGAGUGCCCCACUCAUUACAACAUGGAGUCCGCCAUCGCCAACAUGUAUCCUGGCGACGUUGGUCUGGCGUGUCUGCCUGUUCUGAAGCGUCUCCAUGCGCUCAAGAAGGGGGCCCAUUUCACCGUCAUGAUGGUGGGCGAGUCGGGCGUGGGCAAAACCUCCUUUAUCAACACCUUAUUCGACACCGUGGUCACAGAGCCGAGCACUCGUCUGGGCGGUAGCCCUAAUAAGACCACCGAGAUAGUCUCGCACAAGAUCGAGCUCGUGGAAGACAGCUUUCUGCUCAGACUGAACGUGAUCGACACUCCUGGAUUCGGCGACUACAUCGACAACAGGUACUGCUGGUACCCGAUAGUCAGAUACAUUGACGAGCAGUAUAGACGGGCCGUUUACCAGGAGAACCAGCCAGACAGAACCAAAACGUCGCACUCAGAGGUCCACGUGUGUCUGUAUUUCAUUGUUCCGUCUGCAACGGGGCUGACCCAGAUUGACAUCGAGGCCAUGAAGAACCUGUCGACCAGGGUCAACCUGGUGCCUGUUAUUUCCAAGGCCGAUGCGUUCACGGUCGACGAGAUCAACGCUUUCAAGCAGAGAGUCAAGAAGUCUCUCAAGGAGCACGAGAUCUCGAUCUGCGAGCUGUUCGACAAGACUGGCGCGGCAAACCUGAUUGGCGAGAUGCCGUUCUGCGUGCUGAACUCGCAGGGCUCGUUUCCGAACGCCAAGGGCCAGCUUGUCCGCGGCCGGCAGUACAAAUGGGGGCUGGCCGAGGUGGACAACCCGGCACACUGCGACUUUGUGAAGCUGCGCGAGUUUCUGAUGGGCACCAACAUGGCAGACCUGAUCUCGUCCACGGAGAGCUACUACGAAAACUACCGGCGCGACUUUAUGCGGUACCGGCUGGGCAAGGCGAUGGAGAUGACCAUCAGCCACGAGGAGCUGGCUGCUCUGGACGUCGAAAACGAGGACGGCGAGACGAUUGUGCCGGACAACAAGGGCAGCUGGAAGACCGUGCAGAUGGAAGACGGCCAGACACACCCGAACAUCCAGCAGGUGAUCGAGUCGAAGCCGAGCGUGGGCGUGCUCAAGAUGCUCAACACGCUGAACCUGCGCGAGACCGAGCGGGAGCUGGUGGAGAUGAACCCUGCAUACCUGGACAGCGAGAAGACGAUGAAGAAGCGGUUCACGGAGAUUGUGCAGGCGCAGAACCAGAAGUUCAAGGACUGGAAGCGUGCUCUGUUCGAGAGACAGGACAAGUUCAACAAGGACAUCGAGCAGAUCCACAAGCGGCUGGUUGUUUUGCAGGACGAGAUCAAGACGAUCGACGAGAGGUGA